UUGCUUUAUUGUGUUCAACUUAACACGAAAAUCCAAACAACAUGCAUGUUUCUUAUCCUUUAAUUCACUCCGUAGAAGAGUUCAAAAAUACUUUGAACCUUAAAAAUUUCUCCGACGACAACACCCUUCAAUAUUCUUUGCAUAUUAUUCCUUUACCGGACAAAUAAGGAGCGGAAACGAGGUGCCGUGAUUGCGCGCUUUAGGAAUGAAAAGAAAUGCAAAUUGAGACUGGAUCACUAACAUUUAAACAUUACUCUCUGACCAUGUUUACCACAUUCUGAGGGAGAAAGUCAUGGAGUACAAAAGUAUGUACAUGCUUGCUGUGAAAUGUUGGGUUACUUUGGAAAUUACAUUGAUCUUUGGCGUCUGUGCUAUUUUCUAUUAUAUUCCAGGUUUAAGUUUUGUUCUUGAGCUUGGCAUGAGCAAGGUAACAGGAAUAAAGAUGCCUAAAAGAAACUAUUGGGAAACUUUCCUUGGAUGGGAAAUGUAUAAAUCUGUUUGGAAAUCGAGAUUGGUCGACAUUAUGAAACAAGCACGGAAUGGAGGCGAAGCACAAAAUGUCCCACUUGUAACAGCAGAUGGUAAAAAGUGCGUCCGACUGCUCGACCUGUUGCAGGUUGACAGGGCAUUAGUGGUGUAUUUCGGUAGCUGUAGUUGUCCCGUGUUCAUGAAUAAGCUGAAUGCAUUUGGCGAGCUGGCACAAGAUUACUCCGAUAUCGUAGAUUUUGUUGUAGUUUACAUCGAAGAAGCACAUCCCGAGGAUGGAUGGUCAUUCAAGAACAACUUUAUUAAUGUACGAAAGCAUCGAAAUCAAGAAGAAAGAUGUCUUGCUGCACAGAAAUUACAAGAGCUUAAUCUCCCGUGUCGAAUAUUAGUCGACACAAUGGAGGACAAUGCAAAUGUCGCUUACGGUGCUUUGCCAGAAAGGCUUUAUGCGAUUGAAGAAGGAAAAGUAGCCUAUGUUGGCGGACAGGGACCAUUGAAUUCGUCAAUGAAGGCCGCUAGAGCCUGGCUGGAAGAAUAUAGAGAGAAGAACACGUUCAGAAGAUGGACACUUUAAACCUCGUU